CGAGAUAAGGCUAAUGUUACAAUACAUAUUUAAUAUUGAUAAGCCUCUGGAAUGGUACGUUGUAAAAAUGUAUUUUUAUUCGGAAUAAAAAAAUGUGAAGUGUAAUAGGUGUGCGAAAUAUUAGAUAUUCUUUUUUUUUGCCAAAAUGCCUCGUUGUUUAACAUUCGUAACAUGGCUGCGAAUAACUGCAUUGAUACUUUUAAUGCAAAUUUUCUUGUAUGUGAGCCAUUACAAGACGGAUUUCGAUGAUCAAGAGGAUAUUUUUUUCAGUUCAAGAAUGGAGAAUCUUAACGACUACAAGUUUAUAAAGGCCAAUUUCCAAAAUGCCUCAACAGGAAAUUGGCAAAAUGUCGGAAACAUGACCGACAUCAAAUUCCUAGUAUUUUCGGCAUUUUUGGACAUCAGAAAAGGCAAAAGCCUAAAAAUAAUCUCAGUAACAGUCUUGAGGAGGAAAAGGCCCAAUGUUUGGUGCAAACUGUGGUACAAAGACGAAGAAUUCAGAACCAAAACUGUCCCAGGAAUGUUUACACUUAUCAAAGAACACUGGAGCCUGCCUUACAGCGCCUACUUCAUAACUUGUCCUUUAGAUGAUUCAAAGGGUCCGGAUGCUGUUAGUUUGUUAACCAGUAGCGAAGAAAGCCCUAAGAAUAUUUUGAAAGUUAUUAAAAACUAUAAUGAGGAUAAACUUUGGGAUCCUGACAGUUUGAGUCCUAGUUUGAGCAAAUUGGCGGUUUGUGUUAAGCCUUUGCAUUAUGAUUACAAUAAGGUGUUCGAGCUUCUAGAAUUCAUCGAACUCCACAAAAUAAUGGGCGUAGACCACUUCUACCUCUACAACCAUUCAGUAUCGCCUCAAAUCGACUGUCUUCUACAAAAGUACCAGCAUGAAGGUUUAGUAACGGUACUACCCUGGCAAUUACCAUUGAUUUCCCAAAAAGAAAUCCGUACUGAAGGCAUUUUUGCUUCACUAAACGAUUGCCUCUUUAGGACGAUGCACAAUUAUUCCCAUACAAUAUUCAUUGACUUUGACGAGUAUAUUAUUCCAAGGAAUAAUUUUACCUAUAGCGAAUUGUUUGAGCAGUUGCUUGAAAGCAACAACAACCGAAACAAAAGUACUUUUUCUUUUAAAAAUUGCUUUUUUUAUCGGCAAUGGCCUGACGAUCCAACCCUAUUCCAGGAUCCUUUAGCUAACAACUUAAUAACCCUAAGAAAAACUAGAAGAAAAACAGAAUUUCAUCCUCACAGGCAAAGAUCCAAGUUCAUUAUAAGGCCUGAGCUAGUCAAUAUGGUUGGCAAUCAUUUCAUUUGGGAGUAUUUCAAUAGAAGAAAAUAUGGUGUUUUGGACGUGAAUCCCCUAGACGCUUUCAUGCAUCAUUACAGGGUGUGCGAAUUUGGAGGAGACGAUUGCGUCAAUCAAAACUCCACAGUUGAUCAAACUGCUUACAAAUACAAAGACGAGAUGGUCAGAGCAGUGAGAGGACGAUACAAUGCUUAUAUGGACCAAUGCAAAUUUGAUUUAUUUUAAAAUGUUUUUAUAUAAAAAGUUGCUGCAAAACUCCUA